CACCAGCGUAACUUUCUGUAUCACAUUCGUGUAUGUCACUCACAGUUGCCGAGGUCAAAAUCAUAGUCUCGUGUAAACGUGUUCUUUCACGAAUACGCUGUUUUCUAGUCAAGUUUUUUAUGUUUCUUUUUAGGCCUUUAUGGCAGCAAUUUCAAGAAUUUAAUUGUUAGUGAUCGAAUAUGCAGUUACAUCAAGUAACUGCAAGAAUUAUUGUAUUAAUUUCGUAUCAAAUCGUCCAUUUCACAAUUUCGACUACGAUCGACAAUUCAUAUUCUAAUACAUGGGCAAUACAAAUCGAUGGAGGAAAGGAAGAAGCCGAUAGAAUAGCAAAGAAACUCGGGUAUAUCAAUACAGGACAGAUUGGUARUCUAGAAGGGUUUUUCGUUUUUCGACACGACUCCCAUCCAAGGAGAUCAAAACGAAGCGUAGAGGAGAAGACUACAUUACUUUAUGAAGACACGAAGGUUCGAUGGGCGAAACAACAAGUCAUAAAGAAAAGAGUAAAACGAGAGUCAUACGAUCCGAAAUUCAACGAUCCCUACUUUCCUAAACAGUGGUACUUAAAUAAUACGAAAGCACCAUUUGAAGGUUAUGACCACAAUGUACUGCCCGUAUGGAAACAGGGGAUAUUUGGUACAAAUGUUGUAGUAUCUAUCUUAGACGAUGGAAUUGAACACUCCCAUAAAGAUUUAAUAGAAAAUUAUGAUCCCAAGGCAAGCUAUGAUUUCAACUCUAACGAUGCAGAUCCCAGUCCACGACGGACAUGGAAUGAUGAAAAUAGGCAUGGCACUAGAUGCGCUGGAGAAGUUGCAGCUCAAUUUAAUAACAGUUUUUGUAAUGUAGGUGUUGCACCCAAAGCCAAGAUUGGUGGAGUGCGGAUGCUUGAUGGAGAUGUGACAGAUGCAGUCGAAGCAAGUUCUCUAAGCUUGCAACCUCAGCAUAUCGAGAUCUAUAGUGCUAGUUGGGGCCCUGAUGAUGACGGAAGAACAGUCGAUGGUCCAGCACAGUUAGCAAAGAAGGCGUUUAUUGAUGGUAUCACCAAGGGUCGUAGAGGACUGGGCUCUAUUUACGUGUGGGCAUCAGGUAACGGUGGCCGUGCACGUGAUAACUGUAACUGUGACGGCUACACCAAUAGCAUCUACACGCUUUCAAUUAGUUCAGCUACUGAACAUGGAGGUUCACCUUGGUAUUCUGAAGCAUGUUCUUCUACAUUAGCUACAACAUUCAGUAGUGGAUCUUGGGGCAUGAGAAAGAUAGUCACGACUGAUCUUGGUAAUACAUGCACAACAUCUCACACGGGGACGUCAGCCUCUGCUCCACUAGCUGCUGGGAUAUUGGCUCUAGCCUUGGAAGUCAAUCGAAACUUGACUUGGAGAGACAUGCAACAUUUAGUGGUUAGGACAUCCAAAAUGGAUAAACUGCACGCCACAGAUAUUACAAUGAACGGUGUGGGUCGUCAUUUUAGCCACAAGUUUGGAUAUGGUUUGCUGGACGCCGAAGAACUGGUGAGGUUGGCGCGUAUCUGGGAAACYGUUCCUCAACAACACGUGUGCCAUGAGUUACCUGAUGCAAAACAAAGGACUAUUCCUAGCACAGGACGUUUGACAGUUACUACUCAAGCUCGUGGAUGCCAAGGCACAGAAAACAGUGUAAAAUACCUUGAACAUGUAGAGGCAGUUGUAUCUCUUUCAUUCACUAAACGUGGUGAUCUUGCUUUGUACCUAACCUCACCAAGUGGUACCAAGUCUACUUUGUUGGCAAAGCGGUUGAGAGAUAAUUCUAGAAGUGGUUUUCAUGACUGGGCCUUCAUGACAACACAUGCAUGGGAAGAAAAUCCAGAGGGCACUUGGACUUUAGAAAUUGAGAAUUUAGGGCCAAGCUCCAACACYGGCAAACUUCACAGCUGGUCUUUGGUGUUGUAUGGUACAUCAAAAGACCCUAAUCCUUUAACAUCUCGUAAACAACCAGUACCUGCAUGUGAUGUGGAAUGUAAAGAUGGAUGUACAGGAUCUCUGCCUGAUCAGUGCACGGAAUGCAAGAACUUCAAACGUAACUUAACAGGGGAGUGCGUUAGUUCAUGUCAGUUUGACCGAGAAUACUUGGAUGUUAAAGAAAAACAAUGCAAGCCGUGUAGUGCAGCGUGUGGAAGAUGUGAAGGUCCUAGUAACAGCAAUUGUUUAUCUUGUUUGGAUCCUUUACUCCUAAUGGAUCACAAAUGCAUUAGCACGUGUCCACAAGGCUCGUUCAAAACAAACCAAAAAUGCGAAAAGUGCUCGGGAUCCUGUAAAACGUGUGUAAGUAAAGCUACUCAAUGCACCUCCUGUGAUCCUCAUGCGAAGCUUGUUGGUACACAAUGUCAGCACAAAUGUCCAACCAGGCAAUUCAUGAAUGACGGAAAGUGUGUCCCCUGCCAUCCUUCUUGCUUAGAAUGUUCAACGUCAGGCUCACAAAGUUGCACUAAAUGUGGAAAUCAUAAAGACGUUGCUGGAAAGGUUGUUCCUCUGUUCUUACAUCAGGGAGUAUGUCUAAAAUCAUGUCCUCCUGGAACUUAUGCAAAUACUUCAAAUCAACUCUGCAAACCAUGUGCUUCGUUGUGUAGUGAAUGCAAAGGCCCUGAUGAUAAGGACUGUCUGUCAUGCUCUUCUGGACGUUUUAGAUUGGGUGCAGGCAAAAGUGGUACGUGCGUUCAAGCAUGCCCUGAUGGUUAUUACUCACAGCAAACCCAUGGUGUUUGUAUUGCAUGCAGUUCAUCAUGUCUGUCUUGUGACCAGAAAGAUCCAACCAAGUGCAAAUCAUGUAAUCAUGGCUCAUUCCUUGACAACUACCAAUGUGUUGCUGCAAAUGACUGUUCAGAUGGAACUUAUGCAAACUAUACCUUGAAGGCUUGUGACAGCUGCUUUAGCGUCUGUUCGGCCUGUACCGGGCCUGCUCCAGAACAGUGUUCAGCAUGUAUUCAAGGUUAUCAUUUAAUCAAUUCAAGCUGUGUCAUUCGUUGUCCAGCCAAAACCUACCUUUAUUCAAGUGAUAACAGUUGCAAGCCUUGUCCUUUGUCCUGUUCUGCGUGUUAUGGUGCUACUGACGAUAYCAUCCAUUGUCUGUCCUGUGAGCCCAAGUCUGUUCUCCUUCGGUCCAAGUGUUUCAGUAGCUGUCCUGCUGGGACAUAUCACAACCAAACUGAUAAUCAAUGUAUAGAUUGCCAUAUGUCAUGUGCAACUUGUAAUGGCAGCUCACCUGAAAAUUGCAUGUCAUGCAAAGGUGGACAGGUUUUGAAUGGAACAACCUGCUUGUCKAAAUGUUCAGAAGGAGAAUAUUUAGCCAACAGUAGCUGCCUUAAAUGUCCGCCUUCUUGUUGGACUUGUACCGGACCAACUGCCAAAGACUGUACAAGCUGCAAGGGAGUUAAGUUUUUGGAUGUCACAUCCAAAUCUUGUUCAUACGAAUGUCCUGAUGGGUACUUUGGAGAAGCAGAAACUGCCUUGUGUAGGCCAUGUCCACCUGGUUGUAAAACAUGCCAAGAAUCUGGCAAGUGUACGUCCUGCAACAGUGGUCUAGUCAWUCACAACAAUCAGUGCAAGACGUUCUGUCCUGUAGGAUUCUUUUUAAAAAAAGAAACAAUGUCAUGUGAUAAAUGUGAUUCGUCAUGCCUUGACUGCAUAGGAACACAAGAGCAAUGCAUUAAAUGUAAUGGAGAACGCUUCCUUGAUGGUYACAAAUGCACAAGUGUCUGUCCAAAAGGCACCUAUUUUAUCAAGCAAGUAAGGAAGUGUGGGAAGUGUCAUGUAUCUUGUGACRAAUGCACAGGCCCUGACGAGGAUGAAUGUACCAAAUGCAACAGCUCUUAUUUAAAGGUUUACCGGAUGUGUUUGAAAGAUUGUCCAUCACAUUACUAUUAUAAUGCUGCCCACAAGCAGUGCGAACCAUGUGACUAUUACUGCCAAAUUUGUAAAGAAGGGAAUGGUUUACAGAACUGUAGUAGAUGUCUUCCCCCUUUCGUCCUACAUAUGCACUACUGUGUUCGAGAGUGCCCUAAAAAAGGAUGGUUCCUCAAUACUGAAACACAGUCAUGUACCAAAUGUCAUCCUUCAUGUCAAGAGUGUAUUGGCCCAUCAUCAAGUGACUGUACUUCAUGCACAAGUUCCUUAGCUGUUCUUAAUGGGUUUUCAUGUCGAGAGGACUGUCCAAGUGGCAUGUUCAAGAACCUUAAGACAAAACUUUGUCAAACAUGUCAUCCAAACUGUGAAUUAUGCUCUAAUGAAGGACYGCAUAGUUGUACUAGCUGUGUGAAAAGCUUAGUGUUACAUGUUGAUAAAGAAGGUAAAGGCACUUGUAUUUCAUCUUGUCAACCAGGCUAUUACAAAGACGUAUCAAAAUGUCGUUCAUGUGAUAAUUCCUGUCAGACUUGCAAUGGUCCAGAUAGUACUAACUGCUUGAGUUGUCCUUCUGAUCAUGUGUAUUAUAAAAAUACAUGCAGAAAAGGCUGUCCCUCUACAACAUUUGAUGAUAAUACUUCUCAGAUAUGCAAAAGUUGCCAUUCGCUUUGUAAAACCUGUGUUGGGUCAUCUUCACACCAGUGUACUUCAUGUUCCUCGUCUCUCUUCUUGGAGGAUUCCACGUGUGUAAUUCGAUGUUCAUCAAAGUUKAUUGCCAAUGUUGAAACUAGAGUUUGCGAGCCAUGCAAUGAUAAUUGCCCUGAUGUGUCUGGAAAACCUAAAAAUCGAUCCAUUCAAGAUCCAAGUGCACAGACAUUAAAGGUUCUCCUUCAGGACCCUAAGAGUAGCGGAUUACUAGCAUUUGUAAUCAUGUCUAUCAUACUAUGUCUCGCACUCUUUAUUAUCUUGUUUGGUGUUCUACAGUCAUGGUCAAUGGGAUACAUUUGUCGAAAAACGAAGUACACCAUACUUAAAGCAGAAGACUUCAAUGAAAGUAAUGAAGACAAGCAAUCACUAAUGGAUGGUGAAUGGCAAGAUGAUGAAGUUUGAACUUAACACAAUGAAAUUUCAUCCAUUGUCACAGGCAGCCCMAGAAAUGAGUUUUUAAAAAACCUAGAGUUUUAUAAGAGAAUUUAAAAGAAUUCAAAAUAAAGAAUAACACAAAUUAAUGUUCUUCAUUUUGAAUUCAAUAUCCAAAUUGUCGUUAGGAGGAAUUAAAAAGAAAAUUAAGAACAUAGCGAUGAUCAUUAAAAUGUUUUAAAAUAAAGAUCCACUAAGGUUUAGUAUUAUUAUUUUUUGUAUUUUUAUCUUUUGAUUCCUUCUAUUAAUAAAAAGCUAUUAUUAUAUGACCGUGAAUCUUAGAGCCUGGACACUAGCAAAUCGAGCAAUCUGAUUGGAUAGAUCACAUCGCGGACUGGUCUAGAUUCUCCGGUAUUAACCRGUCCGAUCGCAUAUUAAUCU